CUAUCCGUUUUUCGCCGGUUUCUGCUUGAGUUACUUUUCCUGCUUCCGCGGUUUUCCGGGUGGCUUCCGGUCAGAAUGUUCACAUGGCAUUUCUGACUCUGAUGGUAGCAGCAAAAAUAUGUUUUUGCAGAUACGAUGGGUUUCGCAAACUGGCAUCCGUUGGCGGUUAUCCUGUCGCUUAAUAUCAUUUAGCUUUAAAUCAUUCAGUCUAGAAUUUUUGUUCGCGUUAUCUCGGGAUUAUGAAGCUAUAAUUAAUUUUACUGUACUUAUUUUUCAAUCUGUUCGUUUUCCAGUUGAAAAAUCUGAGUUACAAGAGACAUGUCCGUCAUCUUUAUUAGCGAAUGCUGCUCGCUAUCAGUAUGUGAUCAGAAAUCAUUCACAAACAAUCAGUUACACCACUGCAGCUUCGCACUCCAGUCGACUGGAACAAUUGGAGAGGGUUCUGACGGGAGCGUUGCGGAACCUGCUUUCCAGAAAAUUCACUUGCGAAAUUCUUUAUUCGAGAUUAAAGUGCCAUUUCUUAUGGACUCGGAAUUUAGUAAAUACCAGCGAGAGUGUGUUGCUGUAAAUGACUGCAAGCCGUCGAGCAACAAUCCGGAGAAAAGGAAGCGCAAACGAGAAACGAACGAUAAUUACUUCAAUCUGGACAAGCAAAACCGAUUCCUGUCUUUGAUUCAACAAACUCAGUUCCAUUGGAAUAGCCUUUCGAAGGAUGUUCCUGUCUGUGAUAACAAUGUUGCUGCAAGGAAAAUCGCGAAGGAUUUUGCGGAUAUUAACGUUAAUCUCCCCUAUAGAGAAAUGUUUGAAAAUUCCAUGGAUGUUGCCGUUCUUCGCGAACACUAUGGCGAUCAGUAUAUCAUCCCCGCAAAAUCCCGCUACUGCUGUUCUUUGCUUUCCGACAUCGAUUGCCUUUUAACUGGCACAAAGUAUGAUCUUGUUGUUAUUGAUCCACCAUGGAAUAACAAAUCUGCGAAGCGCCUGCGCACCUAUGAUUAUGUGGAUGAAAGAGAGUUCGCGAAGAUUCCCGUCGCACGCUUAGCGAAACCCGGCUGUUUAAUUUGUUUAUGGGUUACGAAUAACGAACGCUUGAAGUCGUUUGCGGAAUAUGAGCUCUUUCCCUCGUGGGGCGUGAAGAAAAUCGCAGAAUGGAUGUGGAUGAAAGUUACGAUGUCGGGAGAGCCGGUGUUCGCUCUGAACUCUCCCCACAAGAAACCGUAUGAAGUGUUGUUGAUUGGACGAAUCAUCAGCGAAAACUCUGGAAUUGAACAACAGCACUCAACAAUUCCCGUAGAAAAAAUUGUUGUGAGUGUUCCCAGUGCCGUGCAUUCUCAUAAGCCGUGCCUCAAUGAUCUCAUGCGCCCAUUUCUUCCACCGGAAGCGAAUUGUUUGGAAUUGUUUGCUAGGAGCUUGUGCGCUAAUUGGACUAGCUGGGGGCUGGAAGUGUUGAAGUUUCAGCAUUCAUCGCUGUACGAAUUCGGCUGUGAUCAACAGUAACUUAAUGCCAGACUAGCAGAUUACGACUUGAUCACUUGGCAUUGUUGGAGUUUGUUGUUUUGUAAAUUAUUACUCACAAUUAAUAGAUCUAGCAUUUAUACACUGUGAUACCAGUUUUGUAACAGGAUUUACUCACUUUCUUUUCAUCGCCUCGCAUAUCGGUCGAGGUACAUUCGGUAUGACCCUCUGAAUGUGUAUAAAAUAACUUCGGUGGA